AUGUCUUUUCGGUAUGAUAAGGAUUCUGUUCAAACAGAGUCUUUUGUGACACCUGGAGAAACAUACCGUAUUCUGGCACCAAGUUCAUCUCUCCGUGAGCAUCUCACAGAUAGUUAUUGGUGUUCGGCGAUGGAGGAGGUCUGCGAUGGGAAGUUAGAUGGAGUGGCGGUGCGUUAUACCGGUAGAAAACUUGUUCUAAUGCAGUUUCGUCCUAAACAUCUUUCACCAGCGGGUUACCGGUAUCCGUUAUCCAUGUCCAUUCCGGUAGAGUACUUGGUGCCUGUGGUUCCAAAGUCUAUUGGAGAUAAUGUGUCCAUGGGAGGAAGUUUUCAUUCCUACGACUCUUCAGAGACGCGGGGUUCACCAGGCACCUUGUCGCGGUUGUGUGUUGUGUGUGGACGGUUUAAUGUACCCGGUAUGGUGCUGCGAAAUCAUGGAUACAAAUGCAGAGAUUGUGUGGGAAAGAAAUCAGAUCCAAGACUUCGCACGGAAUCUGCCCGCUAUAGGGAAGAGGAUGAAAUGUAA